AUGUCCAUAAAUUUUGUACCCUCGCCAUUGUUACUCCUACACAAACCCUUACCCAAACUGCCCCCGACCUCGGCCCCCGCCAUGGCCACCUGCGUCCACUCCUCCCGCACCAGAGCCCCUACUCACACCAAUCCGCCCGUCGACGACUACGCUUUUGACAGCUACGUCCGCUUCUACCGCCCCAACCCGCCGGAUUCCGUCUCCUGCGCCCCGAUCUCGGAAAAGAAGCCCAAAAUUCCCCAACCUACAAACCCUAAAUUCGAAAAGGGGGCCGCCGAUUUGUGGCCGCGGAUGAAGGAGGAAGCCACCUCGGACGUCGACCAGGAACCCAUCCUCUCCAGCUACUAUUUCAAUUCCAUCUUAUCUCACGAUUCCAUCGAGAGCGCCCUGGCCGACCUCCUGUCCAUGAAGCUAAGCAAUUCAAGCUUGCCCAGCGGCACUCUCUACGAUCUCUUCAUGGGCGUCCUCACCUCCGAUCGAGAAAUCAUUAGCGCCGUUAAUGAUGACUUGAGGGCUGUCAAGGAGAGGGACCCCGCUUGCCUUAGCUACGUCCACUGCUUUCUCAACUUCAAAGGAUUUAUGGCCUGCCAGGCUCAUAGGAUAGCACACAACCUGUGGUCCCACGGCAGGAAAAUCCUGGCCCUUUUGAUACAGAAUCGAGUUUCGGAGGUUUUCGCGGUAGAUAUCCACCCGGGGGCGAGAAUCGGGAAAGGGAUUCUGCUCGACCAUGCAACCGGGCUCGUGAUUGGUGAGACGGCCGUGAUUGGGAACAACGUGUCGAUUUUGCACAACGUGACCUUGGGUGGGACCGGGAAGGACUCGGGUGACCGGCACCCGAAAAUUGGGGAUGGGGUUCUGAUUGGGGCGGGGACUUGUGUGCUGGGAAAUGUGAGGAUUGAGGAUGGGGCCAGGAUUGGGGCAGGGUCAGUGGUGCUGAAGCGGGUCCCGGCUAGGACGACUGCAGUAGGGAAUCCGGCGAAGUUGAUUGGGGGGAAGGAGAAUCCUAUCAGGCUGGAUGAUAUGCCGAGUUUGACUAUGGACCACAUCUCGCACAUAUCUGAGUGGUCGGAUUAUGUGAUUUAG